UCGUGUGAUGAACUCGGCCCUGCACUUGCUGAAGCGCCGGUGAACAGGAAACAUGGCCUCACCGAACAAACUGGAUAUGCUCUCUCUGCUGAGGGAGUCCCUCGACUACGAAGGGUCAACUAAUUCUCAUGUAUUUGUCGUAAUGGGAGCGUCGGGGGACCUGGCGAAGAAGAAAAUCUACCCUACACUAUGGUGGCUCUACAGAGAUGGCCUCCUCCCUCCCAAUACCUCCUUCGUCGGCUACGCUCGCAGCAAAAUCAACAUGGAGGAAGUACAGAAAAGAUGCCAUCCCUAUCUGAAGGUGCAAGACAGCGAAAAAGACAAACUAGCAGCAUUUUUCAAAGCCAAUCAGUACAUAGCUGGAGAUUAUGAGAAGGUAGCAAGCUUUGCUGUUCUAAACAAAUGUCUGGACCAGAAGAAAAAUGCCAACAGAAUAUUUUAUCUGGCUCUACCUCCGUCUGUCUACGAGUCUGUCACCCGCAAUAUCAAGGCUACCUGUAUGGCAAAGGAUGGAUGCUGGACUCGUGUCGUGAUAGAGAAGCCUUUUGGUAAGGACCUAGAAAGCUCCAACAAUCUGUCAGAACACCUCAGUGCUUUAUUUAAAGAGGAAGAGAUGUACAGAAUCGAUCACUACCUGGGCAAAGAAAUGGUGCAGAAUCUCAUGGUGCUAAGAUUUGCCAACAAACUGUUCAGUCAUAUCUGGAACAGGGACAAUAUUGCGUCCGUUGUCAUCAGCUUUAAGGAGCCAUUUGGAACUCAGGGACGAGGCGGCUACUUCGACGAGUUUGGAAUUAUCAGAGAUGUUAUGCAGAACCACCUUUUACAAAUCUUAACUCUGGUUGCCAUGGAAAAGCCCCCGACAACAGGCGCUGAAGAUAUUAGAAAUGAGAAGGUCAAGGUACUGAAGAGCAUACAACCGAUAGAACUGGAGCAUAUCGUGUUGGGCCAAUAUGUCGGUAAUCCUGAGGGCACGGGCGACGAGAAGGUUGGAUACUUAGAGGACCCGACUGUUCCAAAAGGCUCGGCUACCCCCACCUUUGCCACAGCCGCUUUGUUUGUGAAGAAUGAACGUUGGGAAGGGGUGCCCUUCUUCCUGAGGUGUGGAAAGGCUCUGAACGAGAGGAAGGCUGAAGUUAGGAUUCAGUUCCGUGACAUUCCCGGAGACAUCUUCCAGCCUGGAGAUGUGAAGCGUAAUGAGCUUGUGAUUCGGGUUCAGCCAAAUGAAGCUGUCUAUCUAAAGAUGAUGACCAAAUCGCCAGGAAUGAGUUUUAAGAGUGAAGAAACUGAACUUGAUCUGUCAUACAAUCAUCGCUACCAGAACUUGAAGUUACCGGACGCUUAUGAACGCCUGAUACUUGACGUAUUCUGCGGGUCACAGAUUCACUUUGUCAGGUCGGACGAACUCUUUGAAGCUUGGAGGAUAUUUACACCCCUGCUUCACAAGAUAGAGAAGGAAAAGCCGAAACCCAUAGAAUAUGUUUAUGGCAGUCGUGGUCCAAGUGAAACCGAUGAAUUCAUGAAGAAAAACAACUUCAAGUACACCGGCUCCUACCAGUGGAAAAAAGAUAAAGCGGCACUUUGAAUCAUGGAGCCUGUUUGAUUGUGGCGUUGUUGUGUCCAUGUGAGACCUGUGUCGUCUGCUGCUAUUGGCCGUUACUAACAUGACAUGCAUUUAGUUUAGUACAUUGAUAAUUACACUAGUGUGGAAUAGAACAUUAACCUUUGUAAGAGGAUGCUAGCCAGCGGUGGAAAUGUAAAACUGUACAAAUUGAUACAAGUCCAUGUCUUCUUUCUCCAACUAGGUUCACAAAUUCCAACAUAAAACUUGAAAUGAAGUCGGGAAGUAAAUGAUAACAUUUUCAGGGCAAGAACAAGAUUUCCAAAAGCAAUGUUACCUUGGCCUAGUUGGUUUGCAAAAGCAUGUAUUUUUCAGGGAAGUAGAUUCUAUAACAUUAGUGUCAUAUUCACAAAAAUACCAUCGUUUUGCUUGUCAGCUGUUUAUUUGUUAAAUGAAGACAUGUAGUAAUCGGCGAAUGCUGCACUAGACCAUCAAUAAGUAGAUAAGAAAAUUUUCACUUGCUAACAGGCCAGAUCUACAGGCCUUGGGCCAUCAAACCCAGGAUUUUUCCUACUGCGGAAACGAUAACGUUUUUGUUUGAAAGAGUAUCACUCAUGACUUUACUAGUAACUUUUUUGUAUUGGCUACUUCACCUCGUUAAUGUAAUCCUCUGAACUAACACUUUAGCUCUCCUGGUGAAGCUAACACCAACAGGGAGGACAGGGUAGAGGGUCAAGUUUGGGAAUCAGUGGAAGUGCAUGUUAGCAUGGUAUUUUGUGUGUAUGUUGUGACUGUGCUGUUAAUUCUGAUAGUCAGUCCCUGUUAAAAAUCUGGAGACUGGUCUGGGACAUCUGAUGGACAUGUUUACUUGGGUUGUUUCCUGAACUAUCUACAAAUUGCACGAAAUCCUUUUUAACCCUUUCACCCCUAUGUAACUUUAGUAGACUCUACCAUGCAUUGAUCUGGAUGAGUCCAUGUUGGUCUACACUGGUGAAAGGGUUAAGUCAUUUUCUAUAUUCAAAUUAAUUUAUACUGCAUUGAAUGUUUUCAUGCAUUGAUGGCGUAGUUCUACAAUGAAUUUGUACAAUUUGUCAUAAAAACCAUGGUCAUUUUAGUGUCGGUUGCAUUCCCAAGUAAUUGUUUGAGUAUUAAACCAUUAGAGAAAGGGAUCACUUAAAAUGUUUAAACAUGAUUUCAUUGCCAAAAAAUAUUGUUUUUUAACUUUUAUUUACCAUUUCAUGGUAUCUUCGAAAAAUUUAUAUGUAUCAUUGGUGCUACUGAAAACAUUUUAUGAGCAAAUGUCAAAGCACACAAUUUUAGUUCCUCCUUCACUCUGUGACUGGAACAAGUGUCAAACGUACAAAGUUUAGACCGUAUCACUCCUGUCAUUUCAGUAAUUUAUUGAUUGAGGAACACAUAUCAAAUGUACAAAAUUAUUGUAUUUCACCCCCUACAAAAAAGUUAGUGAAUAAACUGGGAGUAAGAUAGAAUAUUUCACCUUUGAACUGUUUAACUCAUUCACCCCUGAACUUUUAUAAUGAACUAUUCCAAUCUUUGAAUUGGAAGGGUUCAAAUUAAAUGCAUCACCAGGGGUGAAGGAGUGAAUUUGGGAUUCAUAAUCAAAAGGGAUGCUUAUAGGGCACAUAUAGUACUUGCAGUGCAGGAAUGCCAACUGUAAGUAGUUCUGUGUUUAAGAUUAGUAUUUUUGUAAUAUUUUGAUAUACAUGUUUAAGGAAUGCUUAACAGUCUUUGGUAUUAAGUUUACUUUUAAUGUCAGUACAGUCAUGUUCCAGUGAGAGUCAGUGGUACCUAGUGCUACUACCAGGUACUAUUUAUGAUGACAUCAACUAUUCGGCUGUGGCAUUCAUACCUCAUUAUGACUGCAGCAUUCAUACCUCAUUAUGACUGCAGCAUUCAUCCAUUUGUAGCUCACGUUACUGCUGACUGUAGGACUGUAAGACUGAUGAUAGAUAGUGCUAUUGCCUUACUGUGAUAAGACAUGAUCCUUCACUAGUAAUUAAGUUUUCCUGCCCAUACCCGUGUACAUACUUUGAGGACAUGGAAUCGGUUUCACUCCUCUCUGUAAUUUUAUGACUGGAUUUGAGUUCUAUAUGCCAGUUAUUUUUGAGUAUGUUAUUCAAAUGUCUGUUCUUGUUGUUAGGGUAAUGUUUACAGUCACUGCUGACAUUGUUUUAUUUUAAUGAAAAUUAUCUACAUAUUACAGGUAUAACAAUAAAACAAAGAUCCUAAUUAGUGAGUUAAUGAUCCCCCUCCCAGUGUUUUUUAUUUUUUAUUCUUUAGACCACACUAUUAUUCAUAGCUAUUAUAGUGUUUCUGAAGGUUAUACCUUUCAGACAUAAUCAAUAGUUUACUUUAUAAUGAGUGGACAGUGCAAUGCUAUACACGUAACAAUCUGCGUCUAUGUGUUCCAUUUUAUUAGACUUGCCAUUUUGUCAACAAGUUAAAGUAAAAUAAAUUAUUUAGCUGAAAUCCUGAAAAUGUACUGUGAUAAUAUUCAUAUUAUGUUAUUUAACUCAUUCACCCCUGAAGACACAUUUGAACUCUUCCAGUUCAAAGGUUGGAAUAUUUCAUUAUGAAAUUUCAGGGGUGAAUGGUUUUAAGGUAAAGGGUACCAUGCAUCAACUUAUGAAAUAUUAUUACCAUCGGUUUGAAGUAAUUUUAGUUGCUUAAUUGAAAUCAAACAUAUGAAGAAAUGAAAAUGAACAAAAAAGAAAAAAGAAAACUACAGGAGUCAAACUCUGGACCUAUCAAAUAGCCAAAUAUACAUGUACACCUUACCAGUGUUAAUGUUGCUAUCUAGGAAUUAUAACUACACAACCAUGAUAAGGAAAGUCACAUGAGAGAUGAAUACCAUCACAAGGGAAGUAACUCUGGGUCAGAAAAUAACCGCUUCUGUACUCUUAGUUUAACCCAUGCCAUUCACCCCUAAAAUCACAUUAUAAUCUUACCGAAUCAAAGACGGGACAAGUCCAGUGUAAAUAUGUAGGGGUGAAUGAGUUAAAAACCAGCUCUGAAGUGGAAGUCUUGUGGCCAUGACUGAUGCAGUGUACAUGGUGCCCUUUACCUUAAUGACAUCUGAUGAAGUGGAAGUCUUGUGGCCAUGACUGAUGCAGUGUACAUGGUGCCCUUUACCUUAAUGACAUCUGAUGAAGUGGAAGUCUUGUGGCCAUGACUGAUGCAGUGUACAUGGUGCCCUUUACCUUAAUGACAUCUGAUGAAGUGGAAGUCUUGUGGCCAUGACUGAUGCAGUGUACAUGGUGCCCUUUACCUUAAUGACAUCUGAUGAAGUGGAAGUCUUGUGGCCAUGACUGAUGCAGUGUACAUGGUGCCCUUUACCUUAAUGACAUCUGAUCUUCAGAGUGGCAUCUGUUUAUGCAUCAAUUGGUGAUUAAGUGGAAAACCUAUUUUAAGUUGAGUUUUUUUGCUUCUUAUUUGCAGCAUUAGAAUGGAAUUUUUAUUUCAGGACUAAUGUCAACAUAGUUAUUGCUAUAAUAUAUAUAUGUACUUUGACUGUAGAAUUAGUGAAACUUUAUUUGAGCACUUUUUUGUAGAAUUGGUGAAAACCUUAUUUGAGCAUUUUUUAAUAGUUUUGAACAAGUUGUAAUGCUAAAAUUAACAUAGGAUUUUUAGUAGAUAACAUUUUGAUUUAUGAGUAACCAACCAUGUUAACACUUUAACCACAGCAGAUAUCACUCAAAUGUAUUACACGAAUACAUUUGUAGUUUUAACUGCAAAUUAUACAGGAAAAUGUUAUUUUCCUCUUUAUAACUUACUAACAUUGCUUAUUUUGUCUUGUUAUGUUGAAUUAUGUCAUCAGUUUGAGAUACACAGUAGGUAAUUUUUGAUUGUUUGUCAUAUAAAUUCUAAAGAAAGAUAGAGAAUAAGAUGUUCAGGUCUGUAAUUCUUCAGGUAGUGUAGCUAAUAAGUUUUAAGUAUAAUUGUCUAUGAGAAACAUAAAAUUGAUUGUAUAAAGAUAUUUUCAAUUUGAUCACUCGCUCCAUAUCAACGACAUUCAGCAGAACUAGGUUCAGCAAAUUAAAGUACUAAGUGUUAUAGAUGUAUGUUAAUCAAGAGAAUGUUUAUAAAUCUAUUUUUUCAUUAUACUUAUGUUACCUAUUAAAAUUCUUUCUCAGCA